AUGAAUCAGGUCCACCAAGAAUCUUUUCCAAUAUACAAAGCCACUGCACUGCACCUUCCUCUUCACCACCAACAAAUCCUUCAAACCAUGGACACUAAUAACCAAGACAUGUUCAUAAGACUUACAAAUUCUCUCCUCGUCCUUAUCGUCAGUAAUUUGCCCUUUAAAGGAUCAGCAAGAACAAGCAUCCUCUCUAAGCAAUGGCUUAACAUUUGGCGAGAAAGCACCAAUCUAGAGCUCAAUGAGAGCUCCUUUGUUAAACUUGAAGAAAAUCAAGAAAUCCAGAGGAUUCAAAGAAUUACUUUCUUUGAUUUCGUCAGGCACUUCAUUGUGAGCUAUCCACAAAAGGCAAUUCAGAAAUUUGCAGUGGCAUGUUCAAAGCCAAAACGUUUCCUUUCAGACAUGCAAAAUUUUGUUACUUUUGCCAUUUCAAGAAAUGUGAAGGAGCUGGAAAUAGAUUUCUCUGAUCCUACGUGGAGAGAAGACAAUCUUGAUAAUCAUCCAGCAGUAGCUGAGUUGCCUUUGCAGGCAUAUCACCAUGUGGGUCUUGAAUCAUUGAAGUCCUUGUUGGUGAAUUGUCCAUUGCUAGAGAGUUUGAGUUUAAGGAAUUGUUGGAAUGUGAUUGAGCACUUUGAGAUUUCUUUACCAAACUUGAAGCUAAGGAAUUUAGUUCUUGACAAGUGCAAUUUUAUUCAUGAUAUGUUCUGGAUUGACGGACCAAAGUUAAAGUUCUUGAAAUACUCAGGCAAAAUUGGUUAUUUUCACUUGUUGGAUCAACGUGAUAUGACAGAAGCUGAUCUUGACUUUGGUAUGAAGCUUGAAUUUGAGGAAGUUGGUGCCCUUCUUUAUGACUUCCUACAAGAGCUUUAUUCUGUUCGAGUUUUGACAGUCUGCAGUGUCUUUCUUCAGGUACUAGCCGCUCUUCUUUCCCUAUCAAAAGACCAAUAUAUAUCUAUGCUCUCCCUGAUGUUGAGAUAG